AUGUCAAGGUAUCGCGGCGAUCCUCGCUACUCUGACGGCACUCUCCCGUAUCGUGAUCCUCCUCCUCAGAGAUGGGAUACCGAGCGCUUUGUCCGUGAACGAGAAGUGCGCGCCCCGGCUCCUCCCGUCAUUGAUCAACGUCCCCCCUACGCAGAUUACCCACCUCGCCGAGCUCCGGUCUACGAGGAACAGCGAUACUAUGAAGAAGAUCGAUAUGGCCCGCGCGGUGCCACCGAGCGCAAGUAUUUUGAAGAAACCGACUUCUACGACCCCCGAGCGCAACGCGGUCAGGUAGUCCCGUACGCCCCUGAGCGACCAGCCAGACCAGACCCAAUCCCACGACCGGGUAUCAUCCGCCGCCAGUCCAGCUUGGACACAUUUGACCGCCGCCCAGCCAGACGUUUUGAUGACUAUGACGACGGGCCUCGCCCUCAACGAGGGCUUCCUCCUCGAGAAUUGAUUGCUGUCCGGCCGCCUUCACCGAGACGGUAUCCUCGAUAUGACGAGAAAUUUUACGAGGACAUCCGUGUGCAAGACCCGGACUAUUAUGGGGAUGAUGGUUUCAGGGAGUACCGGGAGCGUGAAUGGGUCAAACGGCGAAGCAGAAACAGCAGUCCGUCCCCUGAACGCCGUACAGUGAGAGAAGAAGAAUUCAUUGAAGAACGGAAGGAGGAGAUCAUCGAGGAAAAGCCAUAUCCACGACGAGGGAAGACCCGCAUGCCGAAAAGACUGGUUCACACGAAAGUGCUGUUUGAUCUGGGUUAUCCUUACUAUGAAGAGGAUGAACGAACCAUCAUUAUUGAAAAGGCUUUGGGUCCAGACAAUAUCGAUGAGAUCUUCAGCAAGAGCAAGGAAUACCGCGAAAGAGAAGUGACAACGACUCGGCUCAUUGAAGCUCCACCCUCUGUGGCCCCAAGCCUCCGCGCCCCUAGCGUGCAUGGAGGUGAGGUGAUCAUCGAAAAGACCGAGAAGAGAGAGGAGAUCAAGACUGUACCACUUGCAGAAGCACCCCGGUCUGUGCGCGAAUGGGAUGGCCUCUCGGUCCGGUCUCCGUCUCCCAAAUCUCAUCGAUCACGGUCUCGAAGACGGUCACGCCGUGGAUCUUCUCCCGAAGUCGUAAAAGAGACUAUUGUGGAAAAGAAAGAAGUAAUCAAGGAAGUCUCUCCUGCGCGCACGCACCGAUCUCACACCACGCGCCGCCGAGGGUCGUCUGUCAGCGACGAAACGAUUAUCGAGCGAAGAAUCACUCGAGAAGAAGUCGAAGAUUCCAACUCAGUUCACGUUGGUCCGCUUGCACUGGUGGUCGAUCGUAAGCCACAACGCAGUGAGCGGGAUAUCAAGGACGAAAUUCGCAGGCUGGAAGCUGAAAGGCGAGAAUUAAGGCGCGAGAGACGGUACGAACGUGAAGGUGGAGAGGUCAUCAAGAUUGAGCGGGUUCGUGACAGAUCUCCCUCACCUCGAGGAGAGGUCAUCAUUGAGAAAAGGGGCGACGAGGUUCUCGAGGUCAAGAAGGAUCGGAGAGGUAGGAUGUCGUUGAUCGUCAAAUGA